UAAACGCUUUGCGAACUGUCGCGAUCCACCUUAGCUGCAGCCCAGUCUGGUAUACGGUAGCUACAUAGGAAUUAAAUUUUGAAAACGCUGCACGGAAAACAUAAGAAAUAAUGGCAGACGAGGAAAACCUGCCGUCCGGAUGGGAGAAAAGAAUGAGCCGCAGUUCAGGCAAGGUUUACUACUUCAACCACAUCACCAACGCCAGCCAGUGGGAGCGUCCCGUGGGAGACGGCCGCGGAGAGCCAGAUAAGGUUCGUUGCUCUCACCUCCUGGUGAAGCACAAUCAGUCACGUCGUCCGUCGUCCUGGCGAGAACAAAACAUUACACGAACUAAAGACGAGGCCCUGGAUCUCAUUCAGAAGUACAUAGAACAGAUCAGGUCUGGACAGGAGAAGUUCGAGUCCCUGGCUUCUCAGUUCAGUGACUGCAGCUCAGCUAAGAACGGUGGAGACCUGGGACUGUUUGGCAGAGGUCAGAUGCAGAAGCCUUUCGAAGACGCCUCCUUUGCUCUCAAAGUCGGGGACAUGAGCGGCCCUGUGUUUACUGACUCCGGAGUGCACAUCAUCCUACGCACUGGUUGAAUGGAAGACGCCACAUACUGUAGUUUCCUCUUACAUCUUCAGGCACACACACACACAGAGAUCAACACAACUAAGGCUGCAAUUUAUUUCAAUAACACACAUGCCGCCCAAUAAUCAGAAGCUUCCAGUGUUCUUCUAGGUGGGAUAAUUUAAUUCCAAGCGCUAUCAAACACUUAAUAAUUUUAUUACACUGAAAAUUAAAGGAGUAUUCGAAAUUACUCAUAAGACCUCAAGCUUUUAUUAACUGCUUUAUAAAAACAUGAGUGCCUGUGGAAGUGACCUCCCUAUGGAAACCAUGUCUCAUGGUUUAAGAAUAUGUUUGUAAAAAAGAAAAAAAGAAAAAGCUUGUUCCAGGUAUGUGCAUGUCUUCAAGAGGACCAUUUACUGUAUGUUUUCCUGUAAGCUUUUCCACUUCUACUGUAUGUGUGCCAAAGCAUUUCAUCCAUCCGGAUAAUUGUUUUGGAUAAUAGAUUAUUGAGAUGCUUUCUAACCAUUGCAGGUCCCUCCUGUCAGAGAAGGCACUGUUACUCUGAGUUCUCUGUACAUACCUGGUGGUUUAACGUUUCUGUUGUUUGCAAAGGUUUAACAAACAGUUAUUUGUUUUCAUAAUUCAUCCACGUAGAGAAGUGCAUGUAUUUUUCCCCUCGGAUAUGUCAAGACGGCACCGCUGAAAGCUUGCAGGUUUUAACAAUGAGCUCCACAGCUUUUAAAAGCAUCAAUGUUCAUGUGAACUGUCACCGGGGCGUAAAUAAAAUAAAUCCUUUUUUUGUA